AUGAAAUGGCACGAUAAACGUGACGUCCUAAUGUUAUCAACUUGUCAUAAGGAUGAUCAGGAAGAAGUAACAAGGGUAAGAGGUAAUAUUGUAAAACCAAAAAUGGUGUUACAAUACAAUAAAGGAAAGCAGGGCAUAGAUAUUUCUGACCAAAUGAGCAGCUAUUAUAGUGCUCUUCGAAAAUCAUUGGUAUGGUAUAAAAACAUUGCUGUCGAACUUAUAUUUGGCACGGUGGUAGUAAAUAACCAUAAUAUAUACAACGAAGUAAAUCCAAAUAACCGCAUAAGUCUACUUACAUUUACGGAAAAUUUAAGUCGUGAGCUGGUAAAUGUUUCAGUUCAAAAUAAUACGCCAGUUCAAAAUCAUGCGCCGUCAAGUGCUAAACAUCAUUUACAACAGAUUCCUACGGACUAA